GCACGAAAGUUUUUAUCCUUUCUUCUAAAACCUCAAAACCCUUCCAUUUCCAUUAUCCUCUCCGACGUCUCCGUCAGUCACAUACACAUACUCUUCUUCUUCUUCUGCUUCCAUGGCGCUCACUGCUUCGCUCGCUCACAACUCAUUUCUGAAAAUCCCAACAGCCAUUCAUAGCGAAGCCUCUCCGUUAUGUUCAUCCUUCAUGGGUUCUCCGCCUACACUCUCGCGCUCUUCUACUCUUCCCGGGAACCAGUCGCUUUCGAGGAACCAAUUCGUGGUUUUUGCGAGGAAGAUUUCGGGAUUGGAGGAGGCCAUGAAUAUCAGAAGAGAUCGUGAACUUCAAGUUGUGACAAAGUUUAAGAAAAGGCCUCCAUUAAGGUGUGGGAGAGUAUCACCACGCCUCCCUGUCCCUGAUCACAUACCAAGGCCUCCUUAUGUAGGUUCAGAUAUACUUCCAGAAAUUGCAAGUGAGCAUCAAGUUCAUGAUUAUGAAGGUAUAGCUAAAAUGAGGGCUGCAGGUGAGCUUGCAGCGCGUGUCUUAAACUUUGCAGGAACUAUGGUUAGGCCUUCUGUAACAACUAAUGAGAUUGAUAAAGCAGUGCACCAGAUGAUAAUUGAUGCCGGUGCUUAUCCCUCACCCCUUGGCUAUGGUGGAUUUCCGAAAAGUGUGUGCACAUCUGUUAAUGAGUGCAUGUGCCAUGGAAUACCUGAUUCUCGGCAGUUACAGAAUGGUGAUAUUAUUAACAUUGAUGUGACAGUCUACCUGGAUGGAUAUCAUGGAGACACAUCAAAGACAUUUUUUUGUGGGGAAGUCGGUGAUGAACUCAAAAAUCUUGUUAAGGUAACUGAAGAGUGCCUGGAGAAGGGAAUAGCUGCGUGCAAGGACGGUGCUCUCUUUAGGAAAAUUGGAAAGAGAAUCAGUGAGCAUGCUGAAAAGUAUGGCUAUGGUGUAGUGGAGCGUUUUGUUGGGCAUGGUGUGGGAACAGUGUUCCAUUCUGAACCAAUUAUUAUGCACAAUCGCAAUGAGAAGGCAGGUCGCAUGAUUGAAGGUCAAACAUUUACAAUUGAGCCGAUUCUUUCGAUGGGAAGCAUUGAUUCCAUUACAUGGCCUGACAACUGGACAACAAUAACAGCUGAUGGUAGUCCGGCUGCACAGUUUGAGCAUACCAUUUUGAUAACUAAGACUGGAGCCGAAAUUUUGACUAAAUGUUGACAUGGUAAUUCUUUGUUUAAUCCACAUUGAUGUUAUGAAAUAUGAAGAGUUUGUGUCUAAGUUGUAAAUAUGUGCCCUGAAAUUAAUUUGCUUCUGGAAUAUUAUGCUCUGGCUAGUAAAGAUUGCCUUCAGAAGCUGUAUACCAAAUUCUCUAGUGCAUAGAAUUUUCAUAUAUGAUGGCACCAGAUAUAGAGAAAGAUUCAACAGUACAUGUUUCUAUCAGAAAACAGAGUUAUGGCAAUGCAUUCAGAGAGUCUCUGCUCAGAUAACUGUCAAACUGAAAGUUGAAAUGGUAGUCUAAUUUAGUUCGCGAGAAUAGCUUGGUUAUUGUUCGUUGGCAACUUGGCAUUUUCUAAUUUUAUGCUUUGAAGAUAUUGGGAAGAGUUUAAGCUGGUGAUUUCAUAUAAAGUGGUGGACAUUAGCCAUUGGACGACUGAUAAAGCUGGACUAGAUGAGGAAUCUCGAGUUGAAUUUCAGAUUGACAUAGUGAAUCUUCGAAUCAGCAAAAGCUCAAUCGUGUUAAUAAAAUAAGCGAAGUUCUGCUUGUCAUAUAGUAAUAAUCCUGUGGCUCAAUCUAAAGAAUAUACAUGCUUGCAUAAAGUAUGAUAAUCAAUCUGCUUAUCAUAUGGGAUUGGGUUGGAAAUAAGUUCAAUCGAGUUUUGUUUUAAGUUGCAUAUCUUGUUUUAUUGUUCUUUAAUGAGUUUGAAACAAACUCUUUUGUAAUGUUUUGCACAUUAUUAAUUUAAAAAGGGCAACCAAUCUCCUAUAGA